CGUGCGUUCCAGGAGGGUCGCUCAUGGGGGUCCUUUGGGUUUGCGCUACCGGCUUCCGGGCCAAGGCUCUGCCUUAGGCCCUCGGCAGCCACCAAAGGGUCAGCCCUGGCGCAGGCCCAGAUUACCAGUAUGCCCCUCGGCAUGGGGGACCACGAUGAAUUGGUGCCCGAUUCGGGUGCAAUUUUCACAUUUGGAAAGACUAGAUUUGCAGAAAAUAUUCCAAGCAAAUUUUGGUUUAAAAAUGACAUACCUGUAUUUAUUUCAUGUGGAGAUGAACAUACUGCGAUUAUUACAGGAAAUAAUAAACUUUACGUGUUUGGCAGUAACAACUGGGGCCAAUUAGGAUUAGGAUCCAAGUCAACCAUAACCAAGCCAACAUGUGUCAAAGCUUUAAAAUCUGAAAAAGUGAUAUUUGUUGCCUGUGGAAGGAACCACACUCUAAUUUCAACAGAAAAUGGCCAUGUAUAUUCAGCUGGAGGAAAUAAUGAAGGGCAAUUAGGUCUUGGUGACACUGAAGACAGGAACUCUUUCCAACUAAUUAGCUUUUUCACAUCCCGGUCUAAGAUCAAACAACUUGCUGCUGGAUCUAACACUUCUGCCGCACUAACAGAGGAUGGAAAACUUUUUAUGUGGGGUGACAAUGCUGAAGGACAAAUUGGUUUAGAAGAUUUGACUAAUGUGUGUGUUCCUCAUCAAGUGACCGUUGGGAAACCCAUCUCAUGGAUCUCCUGUGGCUAUUAUCAUUCUGCUUUUGUAACAACUGAAGGAGAGUUAUUCACAUUUGGAGAAACCGACUCAGGAAAGUUAGGUCUUCCUAAGGAACUGCUGGACAAUCACAAAAUACCCCAGAAAGUCUUUGGAAUUUCUGAGAAGGUGAUUCAAGUAGCCUGUGGUGGAGCACACACGGUGGUUCUCACAGAGCAAGCCGUGUAUACCUUUGGGCUAGGACAGUUUGGUCAGCUGGGUCUUGGCACUUUUAUAUUUGAAACUUCAGAACCCAAAGCCAUUGGGCAUAUUCACAAUCAGAAAAUACAUUCUAUUUCCUGUGGAGAAAAUCACACAGCUUUGAUAACAGAACUUGGUCUUAUGUAUACUUUUGGAGAUGGUCGACAUGGAAAAUUGGGACUUGGAAUGGAGAAUUUUACCAAUCAGUUCAAUCCUACUCUGUGCUCAAACUUUUUUAGAUUUGUAGUUAAAUUGGUUGCUUGUGGCGGAUGUCACAUGCUAGUCUUUGCCUCUCCACGACUUAACAUGUCAAGAGAAAUGUCUUGUAAACUUAAGGAUUCUUUCAUAUUUUUAGCAAAUUCUCAACCUAGUGAUGAUCUGAUUUCAACAAAUUCUCUCUCGCUGAACAGAACUUGUUCAGCACGUUUACGUCGAAGAGAAAGGGAAAGAUCCCCAGAAUCUCCAGAUCCUAUGACACAAGUGCUCCCUCUGAGUGAAGACACUGUCUCAACACUCAUGUCUUUGUCACGUGGUGAAAAUCCUUUCAAUCUGCCUCCAAGUACUUCGCAAGAUAAAAUCAUAUCAGACAAACAGGAUUCCAUGCCACCAGAGGAACUAGAUUAUGUACCUGCAGAGAAAGAGCCAGAUAGUUGUUCCACAGCUGAUUUAGAAAGCCUUGGAGAAACUACUGAUAUCUUAAACAUGACACAUGUGAUGAGCACAAAUGCUGAUGACAAGUCAUACAAGUUAUCACCAAUUCAAAAGCAAAAGGCUCAAGAUAAACUUACAGAAACUGAUAAAUCAGAAAAAGACAAGGAAGAGGAUGAGAAAUCUGUGAAAGAUAAAGAGAAUCUCGCUGCUGAUGAGACUAAACUAGAAGAAGGAACAAAAAGUGCCAGUGGCAGCCGAGUUGGCAGUCAGAUACUCCAUCAGGCUCAAGAUGUUUCAGAAAAUGAUGAAUCAGAAGACAAGGAAGAGGAUAUUGACAAUUUGGAAGAGGAUGAGAAAUCUGUGAAAGAUGAAGAAAAUCUCGCUGCUGAUGAGACUAAACUAGAAAAAGGAACAAAAAGUAUCAGUGGCAGCCGAGUUGGCAGUCAGAUACUCCACCAGGAUGAAAAAACCAGCCAAGAAGAACCUGCCAUUCCUGAAUGCAAUGAAAAUCAAGAAGGCAAUAUACUUGAUGAUCCAAAGAGUUCAGAUACUGUAGAACAUAAAAAGGAAAUUAAAACCUUGAAGAGGAUUUUCCUCUUUAAAAGGAUGUCAUUGACCAGUCAGAAAAGCCUGCUGAGUACUUCUGAUCCACCCCCAGACUUAAAAUCAGCAGGAAAACAAAUAGCUAUUAAGAGCAGUAAGAAAAAUGACAUUCCGAGCCACACUGAGGAAAGUGAUCCAAGUUCUUCUCCCACAAACAUAGAGAAAGGCUCAAAAUCUUGCACACUGCUCUGAAUAUUUAUGCUUUUAUGGUCAUAAAGCACAUUGAAAUUUAUACUUGAAUGAAUACACAGUUUCUAAAGGAAAGUUUCUAAUACAAAUGUUUAAAAUUUUAAGUUAAUAUCUUUUACUUGGUUUGAAUAGAACGACCAGUUUUAAUAUUUAUUUAUACUAAAAUUUCUCACAAGCAAAC